GUCCGAUUGUGUUUAGUGUCGAUCGCUCCAUCAGCCCUACAAAUGUCGUGAUGACGCCGAUAGAAUCAAAAAGCGCAAUUUUUCCUUUGCAGGCCUGCAAUCAUCCUCACUGAUGAGCUCUGCGGCGGAAGAGGCGCGGGACGCGCAUGCGGACACUGAUGACGUCUCGAAGAGAAUCCCAUACUACAGACGCAAUGUGCGCAAUUAUAUGACAUCGAUACCGAUCUUGCUCUGCUGCUUCUGCUCCGGUCUCGUCGAUUCCGCUGUCUUCAACGCAUGGGGUGUGUUUGCUACCAUGCAGACCGGAAAUACCAUCAUCCUCGCUCUCGGCGCAUCCCACCAGCCAGAGGGCCACCCGCGAGCCUGGCUCCAAGCCCUCCUCGCCGUAUCCUUCUUCUUCUUCGGCGCCCUCUUCCACGCACGCUACACCCGAGCCACCGGCUCCCCACUACGCCAUUUGACGCUCGCUUCAAGCUUUCUUAUCCAAUGUGCGCUUAUAACGACUGCUGCUGCCCUUGUACAGUCCGGUGUCGUACCUGGCAUACCAGCCAAGGAAAAUGGUAGCAACAACCGUGGUGAGAGCGAGCCUUGGAUCACGCUGAUACCGAUCCCAAUGUUGAGUUUCCAAGCGGGCAUGCAAAGCGUAACAGCGCGACAAUUAGGCUUUAACGAGAUACCCACGACAGUGCUCACGUCGUGCUUUUGCGAUCUUGGAAAUGACCCGAAGCUGUUUGCGGGCAUCACGGAGAAUUGGCAGCGUAACAGACGGAUCGGGAGUGUAAUUUCGAUUUUGUUGGGAGGUAUUAUUGGCGGUUGGUUAAGCCGGACUAGCAAUGGCAUGCCAACUAGCAUCUGGCUUGCUGCAGCGGUGAAAGGCUCUAUUUCCGUUGCCUGGCUUCUAUGGCAGGAUGAGAAGCCUCAAGAGAGUGAAAAAUGAAGGAGAAGCAAAUUGCUUAGUUUUCGUAUAGAGUAGAUAAUCUUAGACGUUAAGACAUUGUUACAAUACUCAAAAGGCUCAUGCACAAGCAGUCAGUUUUGCUGCACGAUG